UCACGCAAACUGUCACACGCACAGCGGUUUUAUGCUUUUCGGUAUCGGUUCACAAAACUUGUUAAUCAUUACGGUGGAAAUUUUCAAUAAGAAGGGCAAAGCAUUUUAAACUGUUGCCUUUUUUGUCAUAAAAAUUGUAAUCUUUAAAACAUUUUGUGAGAAUGGCUCGACGAUAUGAUUCCCGGACCACUAUUUUCUCCCCGGAAGGUCGAUUAUAUCAAGUGGAGUAUGCCAUGGAGGCUAUCUCCCAUGCCGGAACAUCUUUGGGAAUCCUUGCUAAAGACGGCAUACUCUUGGCCGCCGAACGGAGAAACACCAACAAACUUUUGGAUAGUGUCAUCUUCAGCGAAAAAAUCUACAAAUUGAAUGACGACAUGGUUUGUUCGGUUGCUGGAAUCACAUCCGACGCCAAUGUUCUUACCAAUCUUCUACGAGUCAUUGCCCAACGGUAUCAGCUAAACUACGGCGAAGCCAUGCCUUGCGAACAACUGGUGUCCCAUUUGUGCGACGUAAAGCAGGCUUAUACGCAAUACGGUGGUAAACGUCCAUUUGGAGUGUCAAUCCUGUAUAUGGGUUGGGACAAACACUACGGCUACCAGUUGUAUCAGUCGGAUCCCAGUGGCAAUUACGGUGGCUGGAAGGCUACCUGUAUUGGAAACAACUCAGCCGCGGCUGUUUCGGUGCUUAAACAAGAACUAGGGGAGAGUGAAAUUUCUCUGGUCCAAGCACAAGAUCUGGCGGUUAAGGUGCUAUCCAAAACCUUGGAUAUGACAAAAUUGACCUCUGAGAAAAUUGAAAUGGCCGUCUUGACUAGAGAAAACAACAAAACUGUUAUCAAAAUUCUUUCAAGCACUGAAGUGGAUGCAUUGAUUGCAAAGUACGAGAAGGCUGAGGCCGAAGCAGAGGCAGCCAAAAAAGAGAAGCUGGCUCAGAAAGCGGAUAAAUAGGCGAGCUGUGUAAGUUAACUUGAUUUAUAUUUUCUUUGUUUAACUAUCCGCAGCCUUAAGAAAGGCAUUAAAUAAUUCUAAACAAUUAAUAUCUCUUAAUAA